GUCUACAUUUUAUCCCUGCGAAUCAGUCAUUUAAACUAGGUUGUUAUACGGCAUGCUCUCUGAGACUCUGACAUCAUCCUUGUGCGAGUCCAAUAUAACGUUUCCUAGUUGUAUCAUUGAGUGGAUCGUGUUUAGCCAGUCCGCUACAUUGACUCUGUUCUGUGAAACUGAUACUUCGUGAACGUAGAUGUCGUGAUUCGCUUCGAUGAAUCGUCUGGAGUUCCGCUGAACUGUGAAGCCACGUCGCUCAUUGGCCAGUAUUAGUUCCCUUUGACUACUUCGGCUUCUGCUAUUGGCUGAGCCGCAGUCAGCCUGCCCGUGGACCCGCCUCCUUCCAGCAAAACUGACAGAUUCUGAUUGAUAAUUUAAAGGCAGUCUUUCUGUUCAUCCUUCCAGUGCGCGUCUCCACCGUUUUUACACAAAGUGUUUCAGCCAGCCAGUCUUACCGCUCGACCCAAGCGGACACCAAGCUCCCAGCGGUACCGGGUGAAGCCUCGGUGGCGUGAAGGCAGGUGUUGAGGACUGUCUUUCUCUCUCUGCCUCAUUCUGUUGUUCUGAGUCAUGGCGACCUCUCUGCUCAGCAGGCAGCUGGUCCUCUCCCUACAGCAGAACCUCAGGCUCACUGCACCAGGCUGCAGGUAUGCGAGUAAGGCAGCAGCUAAGACUCAGAUGGAGUUUGAAUACGACGGGCCCUCCAUGAAGACCGAGGUCCCAGGACCCCGUUCCAAGGAGCUGACCAAACAGUUGGGAGAGAUGCAGAACGUGGGAGCAAUCAAUUUCUUCUGUAACUAUGAGGAGAGCAGAGGAAACUACCUGGUGGACGUGGACGGAAACCGCAUGCUGGACGUCUACACACAGAUCUCCUCUAUUCCUAUUGGAUACAACCAUCCCUCACUCAUUAAAGUGAUGUCCAACCCCAACAAAUAUGGUAGGUAG